AUGCCAUAUUUGCAAAAUGGAAUGAAGUUUGUCGUCUUUUCUUCAAUAACAUCGGGACGUGGAAACGCUGGGCAAACGAACUAUGGCUGGUCCAAUUCGACAAUGGAACGAAUCAUCGAGCAUCGUCGGGAAGAUGGCUUUCCAGGUAUUGCAAUCCAGUGGGGAGCUGUUGGCGACGUAGGCGUCAUUUUGGAAAACAUGGGUGACAACAAUACCAUUGUUGGCGGCACACUGCCGCAGCGAAUGCCUUCGUGCCUAGCUGCUCUGGAUUUAUUCCUUUCAUGGAAUCAUCCCAUUGUUGCCAGGUUUACAUCUUUUUCAUAUUCAACUUUUUAUACACCCAUGCAUUAG